UGUUGGAUUUGAUUGAUUGUUACAUGAUCUUUCUUGUCACUUCAGAGCAUUUCUGCAAAUUGUUUUAUAAGACAAGAAAUCCAGUAAGGACAUGCAUACUGGUUUAAAACUAAGAUCAACAAUGAUUCCUCAGGUAUUUGAGAGCUGAGUGCUUCACAGAUGAUGUAAUCUGUCGAUGUGUGUUUGUAGGCUGUCUGGCUGUAUGGUGAAAGAGGAAGGCUGUCGUUAUCUGUCUUCAGCUCUGAGCUCAAACCCCUCACACCUGAGAGAGCUGGAUCUGAGCUACAAUCACCCAGGACAAUCAGGAGUCCAGCUCCUCUCUGACAAACUGAAGGAUCAAAACUGCUCACUAAAGACACUCAAUUUGGACCAUGGAGAGCCUUUCAGGAUCCAACCAGGACUGCAAAAAUAUUUCUGUGAUCUCACACUGGAUCCAAACACAGCAAGCACCCUGCCCCUUCACCCUCCACUAAAAGAGUAG